CCCCGCUCCCGCCCCCGGCUUCGCCUCCCGCUGCUGCCGCCGCCGCCGCCGCUGCCGCCGCCGCCGCCGCCGCUUCCCGCGGCCUGGGCCUCCAGCCGCCAGCAUGCCGCAUGCCUUCAAGCCCGGGGACUUGGUGUUCGCCAAGAUGAAAGGCUACCCGCACUGGCCGGCCCGGAUCGACGACAUUGCCGACGGUGCUGUGAAACCCCCACCCAACAAAUACCCCAUCUUCUUCUUCGGAACACACGAAACGGCCUUCCUGGGACCCAAGGACCUGUUCCCCUACGACAAAUGCAAGGAGAAGUACGGGAAACCCAACAAGAGGAAAGGUUUCAAUGAGGGGCUCUGGGAGAUCCAGAACAACCCACACGCCAGCUACAGCGCGCCUCUGCCGGUGAGUUCCUCUGACAGCGACGCUGACCGGGCCGGUGGCAGCGACGACGACGCCACUGACCGGGGGAUCAUGGCUGUGACAGCCGUGACCGCUGCAGCCACCAGUGACAGGAUGGAGAGUGACUCAGACUCUGACAAGAGCCUGAAGCGCAAGGCGGCAACCUUAAAGAUGUCGGUAUCCAAACGUGCACGAAAGGCCCCCAGCGACGUGGAUCCCGCCAGCGCAUCGCCGUCCGAGGAGGAGGAGAACUCAGAGAGCUCAUCUGAGUCUGAGAAGACCAGCGAUCAGGAUUUCACUCCCGAGAAGAAAACAGUGGCCCGGGUCCCACGGCGGGGUCCCCUGGCAAGACGGAAGAAAAAGCAGGCACCCUCCGCCUCUGACUCAGACUCCAAAGCAGAAUCGGACCUGGCCAAGGGCGAGCCAGUGGCCGCGGCCCCGUCCCCCUCGCCCUCGUCCUCCUCCUCGUCCUCUUCCUCGUCGGACUCCGACUCGGAAGUGUCUGUCAAGAAGCCUCCACGGGGCAGAAAGCCAGCGGAGAGACCCCCCCCCAAGCCCCGCGGUCGGAAGCCGAAGCCCGAGCGGCCGCCCAGCAGCUCCAGCAGCGACAGCGACAGCGACGAGGUGGACCGCAUCAGCGAGUGGAAGCGGCGGGACGAGGAGCGGCGGCGGGAGCUGGAGGCGCGGCGGCGGCGGGAGCAGGAGGAGGAGCUGCGGCGGCUGCGGGAGCAGGAGAAGGAGGAGAAGGAGCAGAGGGAGCGGCGGCGGGAGCGGGCCGAGCGCGGGGAUGCGCCCCCGGCCGCGGGCAGUGGCGCCAGCAGCGGCGACGAGCUCCUGGACGACGACGAGCCCGUCAAGAAGCGGGGCCCGCGGGGCCGCAAGGGCCGGGGCCCCCCAACCUCCUCGGACUCGGAGCCUGACGCCGAACCCGAGAAAGAGGCCAAGAAGUCCUCCAAGAAGCCGUCAGCCCCCAGCACGGAGCCCGUGCGCAGAGCCAGUCAGAAAGAGAAGAGGGGGCGCUCAGAGGAGAAGCCCCGGCCCAGGCCCAUGAAGGUGGAGCGUCCUCGGAAGCGGUCAGAAGGCUUCUCCCAGGACCGGAAGGUGGACAAGAAGAAAGAACCUUCUGUGGAGGAGAAGUUGCAGAAAUUGCACAGCGAGAUCAAGUUCGCCCUCAAAGUUGACAAUCCGGAUGUGAAGAGGUGCCUGAGUGCCCUGGAGGAGCUGGGGAGCCUGCAGGUGACCUCCCAGAUUCUCCAGAAGAACACAGACGUCGUGGCCACGCUGAAGAAGAUUCGCCGGUACAAGGCCAACAGGGAGGUGAUGGAGAAGGCGGCCGAGGUCUACACGCGCCUCAAGGCGCGGGUGCUGGGGCCCAAGAUGGAGGCGGCGCCCAAGGCCAACCGCAGCAGCAUCGAGCGUGACAAGGGCGAGGCGGGGAAGGCCGAGGAGACGCUGGCCAGAGAAGAAGGCCCCACGGAGAAGGCGGGGGGCCAGGCCGGCUCAGACUUCUCAGCCCCCAUCAACGGGGAGGCCGCGUCGCAGAAGGGGGAGGAGCCAGAUAGCAAGGACGCCGAGGAGGGGCCCACCUCGGAGGAGGGGCCCCAGGGUGGCUCCUCCGAAGACCUGUCGCACAAUGACAGCAGCACUCGGGAGGGCCCCAACCUGGACGGGCCGGCCAGCGAGCGGCCAGAGCCCACAAGGCUGCGAGUGGACUCGGAGUCUCUGGACGAAGACGACAGCUGAGCCCCUGCCGGCGGCUGCCCCCAGACGUCUGUCCGUCUGUUCGUCCGCCCACCCUGGCGGCGGUGGCGGCGGCCCCGGCUCCCUCCUUCCUGCGCCAGGGAGUGGAGAACUGAUGGGGGACCCCGCCGAUUGUUUGUAUUUGUCCCUCGGGUUCUUUUCUGCCUCACUUCUGAUUUCCAGCCGCCAUGAAAUGACUAUAAAGGGUUUUUUUAAUGAAAAAAAAA